CAAUAAAGUUCGUCUUUUGUUUUUGUUGGGCCACAACGUGAAGCUUUUUAUUGGGCCACAGCGGGAAGACUUUUUAUUGGGCUAAAAUUAGAAGACUUUUCAUUGGGCCACUACGAAUAGAUUUUUAUUGGAGCAUAGCGAGAAGAUUUUUUUAUUCUUUUUUACAAAGACAUAUUAAAAUUAAUUAAGACACGUUAAUUAAUGCGAUUUGUCAUUGUUGGAAAUAUUGAAAAACUGUAUUGACAAAUUAGCAUACGUAUCAACAAGAUAUUGUAGUACCAAAUGGUUAAGAGUUUUAAAUGUUUUACUGAAUAAAGUCAGUAGGAAAAGACACAUGUUAGCUAUCCAAGUAUUGGAGAUAUGAGUAUGAGAUACUAUAUAAAAUAAACUGACAUCUGUUCUCACAUAUUAAUGCCUAACUAUUUAUAAAAAGAAAUCUUGACUUAAACCAUAUCCGCAGAUACACAUGUUAAUGAAAUGUUGGUUGAAAUAUGAGCAUGAGGAGUUAGAUUAGAGAAAUUGCACUCCAUAUUUAAAAAAAUCUACUUAAAAUGACAUAAAUAUUUUUAGAUAUAUUGAUGCCAAAACUAAGGGGAAGAGUAAAUAUUUUAGAAGCUCAACUUUGCAGAAGAAAGAAAAUAAUAUUAGUUGGUAUACACCUGUCAAUGGGCCACUGGACGAAAAUUUAGAUUUGAAUUAAAAUUUACAAUUUCUAAAUAACUAUUACCAAAUAAAAAUAUUUAAAACAGAAUAUAAUACAGUCUAUAUACAUCCAAAUACGUUUCGAAUUUCUCAAUUUUUGAAUUUAGACCAGCAUGGUCUUUUUGUUUUUAAAACUAGACACGUAUGUUUUUAUCCCAAUUUAUCUAAGAUAUCAGUGAAACAUAACAACAACAAAAAAGAGGUGUAGAUAUUAGAUCUCAUCACCUUUUAUGGAAGAAAAUUAUACCAAGAUAAGAUUGAAAAGUGAUUAUACCUUACAAUGACAUGUAUGCAAAAGGAACACAAAACUCGAAGAUACUCCAUACAAAAAGUUGAAUCUUAAACUUCUUAUAAAUUUGUAAGAAGACAAGAACAAUCUUCUCACGCUCACCUAUCACAUAAUUUGCAACUUUUCUGGUAAAAGUUUUACAAAUCCAAACGUAUCCAUAUUAUCCAUUUUACACAUACAUUGCAAACAGUUUUACAAAUCCAAACGUAUCCAUAUUAUCUAACAAAAAGUGUUUAUAAAUCUUCAUGUUUGUUUACCAAAAAAAUGAUAUUCAUAAAAAGUGUGUUUAAUUGUUUGUUUUUGCAAAACAAUAGCUUUAUUUUAAUUAUUUUAUUUCUAUUCUAUUUUAUUUAUUCAAUUAGUUGUUUAUAUUUGUUCAUGGAAGCGCCUGUUUUAAUUGAUAAUUAAUUUGUUUUCCACGAAAAUUGGGCAGGUCGUUAAUUAGUUUGACAAGUGCUUUACGAUUCUUGAAAGAAGAUGGUGUCUUAUGAUGAAUCAUGUAGUAAAAGGCAAAGACUGCUUGUGGUGGCUAACCGGCUUCCGGUUUCUGCAAAGAGAACCGGAGAAAAUUCUUGGUCUCUGGAAAUGAGUCCUGGUGGUUUAGUCAGUGGUCUUCUAGGCGUGGCAGCUGAGUUCGAGACCAAAUGGGUUGGUUGGCCUGGAGUUGAUGUGUAUGAUGUAGUUGGGAAAAACGCACUCUCGAAAUCUCUAGCCGAUAUGAAAUGUAUACCAGUGUUCCUUGAAGAGGUUUUUGAUCAAUACUACAAUGGGUAUUGCAAUGGUAUUUUGUGGCCAAUUCUUCAUCACAUGGGACUUCCACAAGAAGAUCAUAAGGACACAAACAAGACGUACCAAACACAAUACGAUGCAUAUAAGAAAGCAAACCGAAAGUUUCUUGACGUCAUAAUUGAGAACUACGAAGAAGGAGAUCUUGUUUGGAUCCAUGAUUAUCAUCUUUUGUUUCUUCCUCAAUAUCUUAAAGAAUACAACAACAAAAUCAAAAUUGGAUGGUUUCUCCAUUCACCAUUUCCUUCCUCAGAGGUCUUCAAAACCUUGCCCUCGCGAUCAGAGCUUCUUCGCUCGGUUCUUACAGCUGAUUUACUUGGCUUCCAUACCUAUGAUUUUGCAAGUCAUUUUGUGAGAACAUGCACUCGAAUCCUUGGAGUUGAAGGAACACAUGAAGGAAUUGUUGAUCAUGGCAAAGUCACUCGUGUAGCUGUUUUUCCCAUUGGAAUAGAUCCUAAUAGGUUUUUAAAAGCAUGUGAGCUGCCUGAAGUCAGACAACAAAUGACUGAACUUAAACAGAGAUUUGCUGGCAAAAAGGUGAUAUUAGGUGUUGAUCGGCUUGACAUGAUCAAAGGGAUUCCACAAAAGUUUCUUGGAUUUGAGAAAUUUCUUCAGGAAAAUAUGGAUUGGCGCGAUAAAGUUGUGUUAGUGCAAAUUGCAGUUCCAACAAGAAAUAAUGUCCCUGAAUAUCAAAAGCUCAAAAGUCAAGUUCAUGGACUUGCUGGACGCAUUAACGGUCGUUUUGGGUCUGUCUCUUCUCUUCCAAUUCAUCACCUGGAUUGUUCUGUUGAUUUCAACUUCUUAUGUGCACUUUACGCGAUUGCUGAUGUAAUGCUUGUAACAUCUUUGAGAGAUGGAAUGAAUCUUGUGAGUUAUGAAUUUAUUGCUUGUCAAGAAGCGAAAAAAGGAGUUCUUGUUCUCAGUGAGUUUGCAGGUGCUGCACAGUCACUUGGUGCUGGAGCUAUUCUUGUGAAUCCUUGGGAUGUUACAGAAGUUUCUUCUGCUAUUAAAGAAGCUCUAAAUAUGUCAGCUGAAGAAAGGGAUGAAAGACAUAGACUUAAUUUUCAGUAUGUGAAAACUCAUUCUGCUAAAAAGUGGGGAGAUGAUUUCAUAAGUGAACUCCAUGAUACUUUUUCUGAAUCCGAUAUGAAGAUUAAGAAAAUCCCACUUGAACUUCCACAGCAAGAUGUGAUUCAACGGUAUUCUAAGUCUAACAAUAGACUGAUAAUCUUGGGAUUCUUUGGAACACUCACUGAGCCAAUGAAAAACCAAAAUGAAGAACUGGAUCUUAAAUUAAACCCAGAGCUAAAAAGAACACUGAAAGCAUUAUGCAGUGAUCCAAAAACAACAGUACUUGUAUUGAGUAGAAGUGGCAAAAACAUACUAGAUAAAAUAUUUGGAGAGUAUAACAUAUGGCUGGCUGCGGAAAAUGGAAUGUUCUUAAGGGACACCAUUGGAGAAUGGGUGACAAAUAUUCCUGAAAACAUGGACCUCGAUUGGGUGGAUGGUACAAAGAACGUUUUCAAGUACUUCACCGCUCGAACUCCAAGAUCGUUCUUCGAAGCAAGCGAGACUUCUCUAGUAUGGAACUAUGAAAAUGCAGAUGUUGAGUUUGGGAGAGCACAAGCAAGAGACUUGUUACAAUACUUAUGGGCAGGACCAAUUUCUAAUGCAUCAGUUGAUGUUGUUCGAGGAAACCAUUCUGUUGAAGUCCAUGCGGUGGGUGAGACUAAGGGGGUAGCAGUGGGUCGUAUCUUGGAAGAAAUAGUGCGCAAAAAAUCUAUGACCACACCAGUUGAUUAUGUCUUUUGUAGUGGUUACUUCUUGGAGAAGGACGAAGACAUUUACACAUUCUUCAAACCAGAAGUCGUGUCAUCCAAGUUAUCUCAUGAAACUAGGUCGAAGUCUUCUACAAGUAACCAUUCUAUAAAGAAGAAGAAACAUCUUUCAUUGAACGUUCUUGACCUCGAGAAAGGAAAUUACUUCUCUGUAGCCAUUGGACAAGCUCACACAAAAGCUCGCUACGUCGUUGACUCAUCUCAUGAUGUUGUGGAUUUACUCCACAAGCUCGCAGUUGCAGAUACAACAACAGCAACAACGUCUGACUCAUUGUCUGAGACUGAAGACUAUCAGACUCGCAAUGCAAACGCAGAUUGGAAACCUUGGAUAAACUAUGUGAAAAUAAGGGAACUGGCAGUAGGAGACACUGAGCCAGUCGAUAUAUAA